AUUUUGAAAAUGAAUCACAGCCUUAUGCUUCAUAAAUAAGUCAUCGAACUUAUCCAAAUAAGGAAAAAUACUAACUAGACUUAUUUUACAAAAAUGGAUUCAGAAAUGACUAAGAAGCUUGGAACUUCUUUAAUAGUACCUUCUGUUCAAGAGCUAGUAAAGAAAUCCAUAACAAAAGUUCCAGAGAGAUAUGUUCAACAAAACCAAGAUCCUCAUGUUGUUUCUAGCAUAAUCUCUUUACCACAAGUUCCUGUCAUCGAUUUGAAUAAGUUGUUGACUGAAGAAGAUGGAACUGAACUAGACAAACUUGAUUAUGCCUGCAAAGAAUGGGGUUUCUUCCAGCUGAUCAAUCAUGGAGUGAAUUCUUCAUUGGUGGAAAAUUUCAAAAUACUUGUUCAAGAUUUCUUCAAUCUAUCAGCAGAAGAGAAGAAAGUAUUUGCACAGAAACCAGGAGAUAUGGAAGGUUUUGGUCAGAUGUUUGUUGUAUCAGAUGAACACAAACUUGAAUGGGCUGAUUUAUUCUACCUACUCACACUUCCAUCAUACAGAAGAAAUCCACACUUAUUUCCUAGUAUUCCCCAACCAUUCAGAGAAAAUCUAGAGAUGUAUUCUUUAGAACUGAAAAAACUAAGUGUGACAAUCAUUGAGUUUAUGACAAAAGCAUUAAAGAUCCAACCAAGUGAAUUGCUAGAGUUUGUUGAAGAUGGAACUCAAGCAAUGAGGAUGAAUUACUAUCCUCCAUGUCCUUAUCCAGAACAAGUUAUUGGACUCAAUCCUCAUUCUGAUGCUGGUUGUCUUACAAUCCUUCUCCAAGUCAAUAAUGAAAUUGAAGGCCUUCAAAUUAGAAAAGAUGGAAUGUGGAUUCCUAUUAAGCCUCUCAAAGAUGCUUUUGUCGUCAACAUUGGAGACAUGCUAGAGAUAAUGACCAAUGGUAUUUAUCGAAGUAUUGAACAUCGAGCAACAAUUAACUCAGAGAAGGAGAGGAUUUCUAUUGCCACAUUUCACGGUCCUAAAUUGGAUGCAAUUAUUGGUCCAACACCAAGCCUUGUUACUCCUAAAAGCUCUGCAGUGUUCAACAAUAUUAGUGUGAAAGAUUUCUAUAAAGGAUAUUUCUCACGCCAGCUUGAAGGAAAAUCAUACAUUGAUGUCAUGAGGAUUCAAAAUGAGUGAUAUUAAUCAUGCAUUAGAGUUUAGACUUUAAUGGGUUGGGAACAUUAAAACGUGAUUGUAUUGUUGCUUAUAGAUUGUGUGUAGCUGGUAGACUUGUUUCCUUUGAAGUUAAAAUAAAUAGAAACUCAUAUUA